AGUUCAGUCAAUAAAAAAACUGUAAAUUCCCAAAGUAGCACAAAUCAGCUUUUCUUGGAAGCUCUUCCCACGGCUAUGACGACAACUGCCGACAACGGCGCAUCAUCACCGGAAAAAUCAAACUCAGCGCCACCACAAGGAAUAGUCCCCGCAUUUAAUGAUGAUAUCGUGGAGAAAUUAAAAACCCUAGAAGAAACCGCCUCGCCGUGGAUCGACUACGCUUUCAAACAAGCUCAAGCAGCUCAUAAGACGAUCGGGCACCACCUGCAGGAUGCAAUUGAGGUCACCAAAUCUCGGCUGGACCGCAUUCGCACCACCUCCUCCGCGCAUUUCAAUCAAACUCUAGAUUCUUUGCAAGAUGCCAAGUCUGAUUUUAAUGCUUAUGAGGACCUCGCUAUUGGGAAGAUUAGAGAGGGCUUUAAUCUUGCUGCUGCAAACCCAUUUAUUGCAGCAGGAUCUAUUUUUGCUGUAGGACUUCUUGGCCUGAAAAGGCCGAGGCGUAUAUUGUACUACAAAUUAAGGCGCCUUUUUGCGAGUGAACAGGUGUUGCUUUCAAAAGCUGAUGCAAAAGUCAAGGAAUUGAGGCAAUCAUUUGAAGUUUUGAAGGCUGAAGCUGAAAAAUUGGAGAAAGCAGCAUUGCAAGCUGAGGAGGAGAUGACACGUGGAAGAACAAAACUCAGACAAGCUGGGAAACAAAUCCAGAGUGUUGUUCGCUCAGCUUAUAAGAUAGAGAGACAAGCUGUGGGUUUGAAAGAUGUUUUACGAGACCUCCCCAGCAUAGAAGCUUCUCGUUUUCGAUCGCAAGUUUCGAACCUUGCUAAAGAGGCAAAAAAAGAAAGACGUGUUCUCAACAAAGAGGUCACAAAGAUCAGCAAUUAUGGAAUUUCUGUCUGAACGCCAUACUUGCACUUCUUCCACCUUUUUUACGCCUGUGUGGUUCCAAUUGGUUUAUCAGAUAUGCUAGAGGCAGUAUAGAUUCUUUCCGGAUUUUGUCGUAAAAUAAUUGUCUAUCUAGGAUUCAAGGGCGAAUCAGAUUUUGUGAAACCUAUGUUCGCAGAGAUCUCAUUCCUGCAACUCUCUAACUGAAGCACAUGUGAUCUUUCAUUUUACUGUAGAGCCCUAAUUUAUCUGGAGGCAAGAAUCAAGAUCAUAUAACUUUAACUGCUUCUACGACGA